CUUUUAAUCUCCCAAAAAUUAAUAUUCCAAUUUUCGGUGGUAACUAUCAGAACUGGUUGGAAUUUCGGGACACGUUCACAUCCAUGAUUCACACCAAUGUUAAUAUAGAUAAUAUUAGUAAAUUUCAUUAUCUCCGCGCUUCAUUGCAAGGGAGCGCGGCUAUAGUAGUAAAAAAUAUAGAUUUUACUAGCGAUAACUACCUAACAGCAUGGAAUUUACUAUGUGAGAGAUAUAACAAUACUAGGUUAUUAGUAAACAACCACGUCCAAGCCUUAUUCAAUGUUGAUACUAUAACUAAAGAAUCUAGUCGCUGCAUUCGCUACUUAGUAGACACAACAAAUAAAAAUAUUAGGGCACUAACUAACCUCAAACAGCCCACUGAACACUGGGACACAUUAAUAAUUUAUAUGAUGUCUACCAAAUUAGACGGGACUACUAGUAGGUACUGGGAAGAACAUCGUAAUAACAUGUCAGAACCACCCACUCUGAGCCAAUUUUGCACCUUUUUAGGUAACAGAGCGGACCUACUAGAAACACUGGAAGAUGCUAAAGGAAAAAAUCCCAAAGCUGAAGUUUCUAAACCAAGGGGAUUUUUAGCAACUCACAAUAGUACUUCAGAAAGCACCAACUCAUUUAAAAUUAAAUGUCCUUUGUGUAAAAACGAUCAUUUGUUAUACACUUGUGAAAAAUUUCGAGAAUUAACCGUUGAAAGUCGCAUUGCUAAAGCCAGAGAGUUUAAAGUCUGUCUCAAUUGUUUACGUCCCGGUCAUUCACACAUCAAAUGUAACCUAUCACACUGUCGCUAUUGUAAAUAUAAACAUAAUACGUUGUUACAUCUUAAUAAACAAGAUUUAACCAUACCUACUCCCACAACAUCAUUACCCGAGAGUGUACCUUUAGCUUUACAUGCCAACACUUCUCAAACACAACAACACACAACUACAACUGAAGUAGCCCUACCUUCAAACACCAGUCAGCCAACUACUUCGCCUCAAAUUCUCCUAUCCACAGCGCUGGUGAAAGUUCUAGACAAGAAGGGCAACCAACACGACGCCAGGCUCCUAUUGGACAACGGCAGUACGGCCAACUUCAUUUCUCAAGACCUCUGCAGCAAGCUGGGGCUGUCGAGUCGUGCCACGCACUCCACGGUGUCAGAUCUGACUAAGGAAGCUUACAGAGCAGCAUUAUUACGCUUCUUUAGCCGUCGCGGUAAAUGCCGGUCUAUCACAUCAGAUAAUGCAACAACGUUCGUCGGGGCUUGUAACGAGCUGCAUAAGCUGGUCACUGAAUCCUCCAUAAGUACUGAGUUGGCCGAUGAAGAAAACCAAGUGGCAUUCCGGCAGCAAUGACCUAAAGGAGAACUCGCUCGUCCUGAUCAAAGACAAGAUGUCACCACCAUUGCUCUGGUCUCUUGGCAGAAUACUCAAGGUCUACCCCGGAGUCGACGGUAUCAACCGAGUGGCUGAAAUUAAGACCAAAAAGGGAACCAUAAGAAGAGGUUGGAAUAACAUCUGCCUCCUGCCCUUGGAAGACAAUCUUUGAAGCUCACUUCAACGCCGGGAGCCUGUCUGCGCAUGCGCGGGCGAGGGGCCUGCGCCGGCGCGGCGCGCCGGGUGGCGGGGGUCACCGGCCGCCGCCAUUACUCGCUAAACUACACACAGUGAAACAGACGUCAUUCCGCAUCUUCGCUAUUUGCUCUUUAAAUAAACC